AUGCCGCCAUCUCCAUCCAACAAACAUAAAAGGCUCCGAACGGCGGGCGGUGGCUCGGCGUUUUCUGGAUACAAGCCUGAGUCGGCGCACCCUGGCGGCCCGACGUUUCUGCCUGCUGCUCCGCUACAUCUUCUGCCGCAGUGGCCGUAUCGUAGACCGUCGCAUCAGCAGUCGCUGCCGGUGCAUGUGGCAGCAGGGCUGUCUGUUCAUAGUUCGAGCGGUUUGAGCGAGCGCCGGACACCGGGCGUCGCGGGGCUUUCUGGCGUUUCCGGCCUCUCGGGCAUUGCGGGCAUCUCGGGCAUUUCUGGCAGUGCCAAUGUCUCGGGGAGCUCUGCUGGUACUGCUGGCUCUGCGGGCACUGCGGGCACCGGCGGUGCUGGAGGCAGCGGCAAUAGCGGCGGCCCCAUUGCUGGUGCGAAUGCCACCGCAGGAGGUGGCGGGUCGUCUAUAGUGGGCACUGCUACCACCGGCGCGACUGCGUCCACCGAUCAGGAACUCCUCGAUGCGACCUCUCCGAUGAAUCUGCACUAUAUGCCUGUCAAUGCUGCCCAGGUGAUGCUUUCCGCGCCCUAUGGCCAGCAUGCAAAACCGCUUGACGGUGCUCUUCCAUUGCUUCCCUCUGGCGGUGUGUCGUCGAUGGCUGGCUACCUGUAUCCUCCAAACCACCUUCCCUACUCUGCCACCGGGCUGUAUGCGCCGAUGCCGCCGCCGCAGCAUGAGGGAGAGUCUGCGCUGGAUUCGCUUCAUUAUGCGCCGCCGCUUCCGCCGCCGCCGCCUCCAUCGCAUCCACAGACCGUUCCGGCUGUCAACUUGUACACGUCUCAGUAUGUGGCGGGUGGAUACACUGGCUAUCAUUACGGAGAUGCACAGCUGCUGCAUCAGCAGCAACAGCAACAGCAGCAUCUACUACAGCAGCAUCACCAACACCAACAACAUCAGCAGCAGCAGCAACAUCAACAACAACCUCAACAUCAGCAGCAGCAGCAGCAGCAGCAGCAUCAACAUCAGCAACACAGACACCAACAGUCGCAGGUGGACAUGCAUUCGUCUUCGUCGUCUUCGGUGUAUCGUCCUCCGGUGUCUUCGGGGUCCGGCGGUGAUCUGUCAAUGGGUCUGGCCCAGUUGAUGAAGUCCCUGACGUACGACUCGCGACCCGCGUACGGUGCGUCUUCGCAUGGUAAAAACAUCUCCAUCGCGUCUCACCUCGACAUGUUCUCACUCCAUGAUAAGACGCCCGACGUCCCGCCCCUGCGCCGGCCAUCUGCCGUGGGCCACCACAACCAUCGCCGCGGCUUUUCCGAAACGAGCGUCAGGCUGCGUGUCGAUAUGGACGACCGUGUUGUUGCCGAAAACCCGCUACAAGGCGCUCCUGCCAUGCCCUACAUCACUUCCACUGGCAUGUACAUGCAUCCUCAGCCGCCGUUGUACAGCCAGACGACGCUGCAAAAGCUCCUGGCUUCUAUGUAUCAGCCGCUGCCGUUCCAGGCUCAAAGCAUGCUGGCCCCACAGCCGUUUCAUCAACAACUGUUGCUGCUUCUACCGCUGACUCUCCAAACUCACCAACUUACAACUUCACAAGCACAGCCGCAACAGCUUCAACAUCAACCCCAGGACCAGGCCUCUGCAACUCAACUGCUGUUCUUUUCGGUGCCGCAGCAGCCUGCCUCGUCCUCAACUUCCAACUUGGUCAUUCCUUCUCCCUCUUCUCAACAUCCCCUCCGUCAUGCACUGCCUGAGGCUGCCUAUGCCUCCAGUCGAACCCAUCCACUGUCGCGAGCAACGCCAAUAGCACAACGUGGCGAUUACAAUAAGAAACUGUCUGCUGCCUCGCGCUCUUCCCUCUCUGGUACCGAUAAUUAUCAUAGUGACAAGCAGGCCCUCUUUGACGACACCGAGCUCCUGUCGAAUGGUAAAAGUGUGUUCAAACAGCUCCUCGAUGAGGUUUUGGAUGUCAACGCGUUCAAUUUCUAUGCAUUUCUUGUGCGUAUGCUUCGACUCUGUGAAGCUCAUAUUCCAUUAGAUGACUUCUUCAAGCUCCUAUAUAACGAAUCUGCCAACCCCUUCCUCAACCCAAUUUCUCCGGGUACGGAGCCAGAUAAACUCGAUAAGAAGAGCAGUGAAGAUGGCACGGCAGAGGCCAUGAACGUGUGCUAUAGGAUCUUGGAGGUAUUCAAAGAUCCAAAGGCCCUGGUCAAUGCCAUGCCAAAUGCGAAUUACGAAGAGACAAAGCUAGGCUCUGUCAAUUUCCAUGAGCUUCUCCGGUCGUUUUUGGCGCUCAAAAUCAUAAUGGAUUCGCUCGUUUUGUCAGACGACAAAGUCAAAGAUUGUCCCACAACUCCACGACUCACUAUCUAUAAAGUGUACUAUAUUCUCUGCCAAAAACUCUUUCUCAAAUAUCCGUCUGUCCUUAAUGGGAGCGCAGACCAGAAACUAAUUCUUGGGCCUUCCAAACUAGGAAAACUCAUCAAAGCAGUGUAUCCGAAUCUCACGGCCAAACGUCUUGGUCGCCGUGGCUGUUCCAAAUAUCAUUACAUGGGAUUGAUCUUGAGCAAAGACCUAAUCAGUGACGAGAUUGCAGAUUUGUGUCAGCAUGAGAUUGGUGAAUUAACAUCGAUGUUCAAAACAGUCACGAGAGACUCGCAUCCUCAGCUCUCACACCAACAGCAAUCGCACCAACAACCACAAAGUAUGCAUUCCGAGACUCAGGCUCGAUCAUUCCAGUUCCGCGACCUCACAGCCACAUUCUUAGACACCACAGUUGCUCGCAGUCCGCUUUACAGUUUCAUCAAGCCAACGUGCAUGUUCCCUGUGACACAAUUGUCUCCAGUUUACUGUUUUGACACUCCGCAAUCUCUGAAAGACGAAACAAGUUGGUUCUACUCGGUCCGCCAGGAAUCCUAUGAAUCAUUAAUCAAACUCAAUUUAGAUAUGACGCCUUUUACCUCAGCCUUCACGGAUGGCGACGCGUUAGAAGAUAGUCAGGAGUGGUUGAUUACCAAUAUUCUUCUGCUGAUUGAUAAGCUUGCCUUGUCUCCACACUUCCACCAGAACCACUACUUGCACUUGUUCUUGUUCGUGAUCGUAUGGGUGUUCCCUAUGAUGUUGUGCCUUGAUGUGUCCAAAAGUGAUGCGUUCGUAUUUCAUCUCCGUGCCAAUAUCCAUAAUCUCGUGUUGAAUUUCGAAGAAAAGUGUCUCAAUAACCCAUACGUGAGCGCCUCGCACUUGAAAUCCUUCGUUGGUAUUCUCAAUAAGAUUCUCAAUCUUGACGACGUUGCCAACUCGCUUUUCAAAGCGAAACGUGCUCCUGCUGUCAUCGAUGAUAUGUUCGAUGAUAUCGAGGGUUUGGAACAGCUGUCUGUGGAGGAUGAGAACACCAGUGUUUUGGAGCGCUUGUUCACGUAUGGCUUGGUUGACUGCUUGAACGCCUAUAAGUUUGUUCCUAUGAUGGAACACGGCGUCGCUAGCGAAAAUCAGGUGAUUCAGUUGGUGAACACCGUCUCGGAGCGCAUGAAAAUGGCCAUUGUUCAUGGUCUUCGUGACUUGGUCAAGAGAGUGGAUGCGGUACAAGAGCGGUAUGAAAACAACAUCGAAUUGAAAACGACUCGAUUUGAAUAUCUGCGUUUAUGUAUAACGUUCUGUCAUGACAGUUGUUUUGACGAAAUCUUGGUAGGUCGCUUCACUGUUGCAAUCAUUAACAGUUAUCUCCUGUUAACGUCUAACCAAAUCAUGAAGUAUAUUUUCCACACGCAAAACGAGCGAGCCUCCAUGGUUCUGAACACCACGUUUCGUCACUGGUGGGUCGUUUUAUCCUUUUUGCAAGAGUACUGCGGUGUGGUUCUGGAAACAGUCGGCAUUCAUCACUCUUUGGCUGGCAGCUAG